GCACGGCCUGCCAUUUUUUUUUUUUGGAGGCAGAAGGGAAUGGCAGCGGCAGAGACCCAGGGCGCUGAGGCGGCCGCGGAACCGGAGGGCCUGGCCCCCAAUACGAGGCGCCUGGCCGACCUCCGCGUGAUUGACCUGCGGGCCGAGCUCAAGCGCCGCAGCCUGGACAGCGGCGGCAACAAGAGCGUCCUCCUCGAGCGCCUCCGGAAGGUAAGGCCUGAGGCUAUUGAGGAAGAAGGAGGAGAUCCUGAUGUGAUCCCAGUGGUGCCAGAAAUAGCCCCCAAAAAAACCCCCAAGAGAACUAGCAAAGGACGUCGGACGGAGGAAGAAGGGGCUGAAGACAAUGGGCUGGAGGAUGAGCCUGGAGAGGGGCAGGAGGAUAUUGAAGCGAGUGUGGAUAAUUUUCAGGAUAUUGACAUGAUGGAGAUUAGUGUGUUAGAUGAAGCUGACAUAGAUAACAGCAGUGGCGUAGAUUGCCAGGAGGAGGAGGAGACAAAUAGUGCUGAGAAUAGACUUGGCACCCCCUUUGCUAGUGCAGACAAUGUUGGCGCAGAAAAGACAGACGUCCCAGAUCAGCGGGCAGGAAGCCCUGUAGGUCCCAAGGGGUCACCUCCUCCACCCUUGUCCGAGAUUGCAGAAGAAUCUAGAGAAAUACCAGUAAACAUGGCAGAGGGCGAAGAUGCCAGGAGCCCCUUCGAUCUUCCUCCCUCUGACUUUGAAAACAUGCAGGAACUUGACGAAUUUUCCUUGGAAACAGAAAAUGAGAAAAUGCUCGACAUUUUGGGUGACACUUGUAAAUCUGAGGCCCUUGACGCCGAAGAAGCGCAGGCGCCGUUGCCGGUGGGCCAAGAGGAAGAGGAAGAGGCGCUUGGGCCGGACGAAGAGCCUUUAGAUUCGGAGGGCAAGGAAAAGCAAGAAGAGAAGGAACAUGAAGAAGAGGAAGAAGAGAAAAAGUUGGAGGAGGAAGAGGAGAGCAAGGCCUUAGUGGUAGAGAAAGGGGAGCAGAGCGGAGAGAGUGUUAAGGAAGCCACAGCGGACUCUGACUCUUUAGCCUUAGAAAGCAGGAGUGAAGGAGGAGAAGGAGGAGGAGAUGAGAGUAGCAGAGGAGGAGCCCAAGCUCUGGCGGAGGAGGAGAAGGAGGAGACGGAGGAGGCAGGGCCGCAAGGGGAGGCCGUGAAGAAGGAGGCCCUGGCUCAGGGUCAGGAGGAGCAGGAGGAGCAGGAGUCCUCUGCCACUAAAGAGCCCUCUGCCCAAGAGGCGGGUGAUCUGAACACGAGCUCCAAUCAGGAUACAGAAGUUAAAAGCACUACAAAGGACGAGAAGGGCCGUCCUAGCAGCAGUUCUAGCCGAAAUCUCUGGGUCAGUGGCCUUUCGUCUUCAACCAGAGCUACUGACCUAAAAAACCUCUUCAGCAAGUAUGGAAAGGUGGUGGGUGCCAAAGUGGUGACCAAUGCCCGCAGCCCUGGCGCCCGGUGCUACGGCUUUGUGACCAUGUCCUCCUCGGAUGAAGCCACCAAAUGCAUCGCCCAUUUGCACAGGACGGAGCUGCACGGGAAGAUGAUCUCUGUGGAGAAAGCCAAAAAUGAACCAGCGGGAAGAAAGGGGCCUUCCGACAGGAAGGAAGGGGAAACGAAGAAGGAACGGGACCGGCGCCACUCGACGGACUCAAGAUCCGAAAGGUCACACAGCAUUAAAAAAGAAGAGAAAGCAAGCAAAAAGGAUGAUCCCAAAAAGGAAGAGGAGGCGAAAGAAGGGGCGAAAACGGAGGAGGAAGAUAAAGCGGGGUCCUCUGGCCGCACGCGCUCCGUUAAAUCCGGGAGCCGAGGGAUCGAGCGGACGGUGGUCAUGGAUAAGUCCAAAGGGGAGCCGGUGAUCAGCGUGAAGACGUCCUCCACGUCAAAAGAGCGGAGCACCAAGAGCUCGGACCGCAAGUCGGAGAGCAAAGAGAAGCAGGACAUCUUGUCGUUCGAUAAAAUCAAGGAGCAGCGGGAAAUGGAGCGGGAGAGGCAGCGGGAGCGAGAGAUCCGGGAGUCCGAGCGCCGACUGAAGUGGGAGCGCUUUGGGCAGCAGCAGCGGACCUACGCGGUGCUCAAGCUGGACGAGCGGCAGCAGCUGAGGCGCGAGUGGGAGCGGCAGCGGCUGGAGCGGGAGCGGGUGGUGCGUUCCCGGCUGGAGCGGGAGCGCAUGUACAUCGAGCAGGAGCGCCGGCGGGAGCAGGAGCGCAUCCAGCGGGAGCGGGAAGAGCUGCGGCGCCAGCAGGAGCAGCUGCGCUACGAGCAGGAGCGCCGCUCGGCCCUGCGCCGGCCCUACGACUUGGACGGCAGACGCGAUGACCCCUACUGGCCGGAGGCCAAGCGGAUGGCCACGGAAGACCGGUACCAUUCGGACUUUGGCCGCCAGGACCGCUUCCACGGUUUUGAUCACCGAGAGCGUAGCCGGUACCAGGACCAUCAUCUGGCAGACAGGAGGGAAAGCUCAAGGACACUGCCAGAUCGAGACACGCAGUACCACCAUUCUCGGGUCUCCCGGGACAGUUGGGGCGGAUACGAGCGGAGGCUGAGCAAAGGGCAGGGAUUGGCCCCGGCCUCCCGCGAUAGCCGAGACUGGGCCGACCACGGGCGCAAGAUGGAGCCACACCAGGAGCGUUCGUGGCCGGGCAACAUGGAUGAAAGGUGGCAAGGGGCCGAGCGGAGCGUUCCCAGCCAGUCCGGGCCCGGCCACGUCAUAGACCGGGAAGCGAUACCAGGGCGUGGAGGAUUUGCGGAAACUGGCGCCCCGAACGCAGUGGCACAAGAAGCCGCUUUUGCCAAUCCGGACCGAACGAGCUGGCCCGGCGACCCUCGCUUCACCCGGCAUUAUUGAAAGCCCUCGGCCAUUGCUUCCGAGUCCCGGCGUCGCAAGAGAAGGCAACCAGCGCAUCUCCCUCUCAUCGCUUGCAUCCGACGACGUGAACGGCGUGCCUGUAUGUGCCCCCCCCCCCCCCCCAACACCUUAUGUUCUGUUUUGGACAUGUAUCGCUCAGCGUGUUUUGGAAGAAGCAUUCCAUUAUUUUUCCAUAAAUAAUAAUGAUAAUAAUAAAAAUUCUUACAAUGUU